UUCAGAGUUGCCUUGGUUUGGUUGGAUUGAAUGUCUACCUAAAAAAAUCAUUCUUUUUUCUUGCAGAUGUGCAGGCAGAAAUUGGAUUUAUUAUUUAUUGGCGAAUUUUAAUUUUUAGUCCACAUUUUGUUCGUCAAAUAUAAUUUUUCAUAAAAAUUAACAAAAUAUUUUGUUUGUGAUAAAAUUUGAUAAAUUACGUUUCGCAUUUCACCUGAAAUGGUUUGGCAGUAAACAAAUAAUUUAAAAAAUAAUCAUGAAUUUAUUUGUAUGUCGAAGUUAUUUUGUUUUAUUAAUUUUAAUAAUUUUUACGAAUAUCAAGCUCUCUUUUUCUCAAUACAAUAAGCCAUGGAAUGAAAAGUAUGAAAAUAAUAAAUGCCCCAAACUGUAUCCAAAAAAUUUUGACAAUUAUGCGCCAGUGGGUAACUACACAGCUGGUAAUUACUCAGAGAAGACAAAUCUCAAAGGGUUAAGGCAGUGUGUGAUGGCAUGCUGUCUCAGCGACUCCUGCAAUAUUGUGUUCAUCAUGGAUUCCCGCUGCUUCCAUGUGGAGUGUGUGAGUGAUGAAAUGUGUAUGCCACUAUUGAGGGCAGACAAUCACAAAUGGAACUCACACUUUUCUAUGAUUCUAGUCAAACCUGUACUGCCGAAUGAAAACUGGUCAGAUAUAUUAGAUCAGUCCAGCUAUGGAGAGGCCAAUAAUUUUUCACCAGAAGAUGAGACCAUCUAUUCUCCUUAUGGAAAUAGACACAAUGAAAUUAUACCUGAUGAAGAAGAUUCUAAUUUUUUAUCUCAUUUUAUUAAUAAUUUGCCAAAUAUGGAGGAAGGAGAGGGCAGGAAUUUUGACAACUUCAGAGAUAACAAUGAUGCUGAUCUUAUUAUGGAGUCAAGUAAUUUCCUUGAAAAAUUAUCCUGUGAAGUUGGAGCUGGGGAUUGUCCUUUUAAUGCUGAAUGUUUUCCUCUUAAACCUGGUCAUGGAAUCUGCAAGUGCGUUCCCGGGACUGAGCUCUCAGAGGGAUCUUGUGUUGCCAUUCGACCAUUCUCCAAAGGACCCACUAUUGGUAUAGAUGCCAUAAAGAAAAAUGAAGAUUUAAUUUCUGAUAGAAAAUCAGAUGAUAAAAUUGAUGUAUCGACACCAAAGACUAUACAAAACUUGACAGUGUCUGUGUCAGAUCAGAAGGUACAAUUACCUGACAACCAAGUGACAUUGGCGGCUUUCACUAUCCCUGAUGAAAAGGCCACAAUGAGUCAUUACAAUUUUGUUUGGACUUUAGUGGACCAGUCUAAGGGUGGAUUUACAGGUAACAUGCACCAAGAAGGUGCUACAGUUAAACUAACGGACCUCACCGAAGGACAGUACAGAUUCAAAGUGACAGUCAACGGGACGAAUUCAUACGGGGAAGGGUUUGCGACGGUCACGGUGCUUCCCAAAGAGCGCACGAACACGCCGCCCCAAGUCGUCAUAACUCCGCAGUCCCAAACUGUUAAGCUGCCAAACUCGGGUGCUGUUUUGGACGGCAGUGCAAGUAAGGAUGACGCUGACAUAAUUUCUUGGCAUUGGGACUUGAUAUCAGGGCCCAUUGGGUACCAACCUCCUCUAGAAGAGGGCCCUACUUUGGUGCUGAAAGAUCUGAAGCAACCUGGGAACUACACAUUCAAACUGACAGUGGAGGAUUCAGACCACGUAAAAAAUUCUACUACAGCCAACAUUACAGUUUUGAACCACACUGACUAUCCACCAGAAGCUAAUGCCGGUCAAGAUGUAAUAUUGUAUUUGCCAAACAACCAUCUUACACUGAAUGGAAGUUUAUCUACCGAUGACCAUGAAAUCACGUCCUGGGAAUGGACAAAGUCUGCAGAAGAUGAAAACAAAGCUGUCGACAUGCAAAACACGCAUAGCCCAUAUUUAGAGUUAUCAAAUCUAUCGGAAGGGGUUUAUACAUUCGUCCUAAAAGUGACUGAUUCUUCUGGUCAGUCGUCCACGGCCGAAGUUCACGUGUUCGUCAAACCCCCCACUAACACCCCUCCCGUCGCAAAUGCUGGUUCUGAUGCUUUCAUAUCACUGCCUCAAACGUGGAUCACCCUUAACGGUUCGGAGUCUCACGACGACCACCGCAUCGUCGCGUACACUUGGCGUUGCCUGUCUGGACCUACUAACUCUAACAUAAUAAACUUUAACGAGUCGGUCGCGAACGCCACGGGACUGACAAAAGGACAGUACGUGUUUUCCCUGACCGUAUUAGAUGAUAAUGGGAAUUCGGCGACGGAUAAUGUGAGCGUUACGGUCACUCAAAAUAAAAAUAGUCCGCCGAAAGCGAACGCAGGCGGCGAUCAAGUGUUGAAUCUUCCUAUACCGGUGCUCAUUCUAAAUGGAUCAAAGUCUUCCGAUGAUUUCCGUAUCAUCUCGUGGAAAUGGACCCGUUCCGCCUCGGGGCUGGCUUCGGGAACAGUUAUACUUGGAUCUGAUACUCAGCCAGUAUUAAUGCUAACCAACAUAGAACCAGGUCGUUACGUAUUCGAACUAACAGUGACCGACGACCAAGGGGAGUCCGGCCGCGACACAGUCAGCGUUCAAGUCAAACCUGACCCCUUAGACAUGAACCUUCUAGAGUUGACCUUGAACACGCCCGUAUCGACCUUCACCCAAGGUCAACUUGACUCGCUGGUACAGAAGAUGACCUUGCUGCUCAAAGACGACAUCAAAAUCAAUGUGACGGCGAUACGAGGACAAAUUGAUUCAGGGAACACGCAGAUCAUCUUUUUCCUGUCCAAAGAUGGCAAACCAGUAGAGGGCGUGGUCGCGCUGUCCCUCGCCCGCACGGCGGCGGCGGUGGAGGCCUCCGCGCGCGUGCGCUCCGUGCGCUGCCUCAGCUCGUGCUCCGGCCGCGGGCUGUGCGACCACGCCAGCCGCGCCUGCCGCUGCGACGCCUUCUGGAUGCAGAGCCUGCUCUCCCAGCUCGACCCCGACGCGAUGCCCGACUGCGACUGGUCGGUAGUGUAUGCGAGCCUGGGCGGCGUUGCCGCUCUGUGCGCGAUGUGUGCGCUGUGCUGGACGGCAACGCGCGCGGUCAAGAAACUGUGCGCGCCGCGAAAGGCUAGAGCGAGACCCAAAUACAGGCUGCUACCGCUCGCCGCUCAUGAUGACGUGCCUUUCGCAGGGAAAGAUGCUUCAGAAACCGAGACCGAUUCGGACGUCCUAUUCGAAUCUAAAGGACAGACCACAUCGUUUCUCUCGCGCACUAUGAACGGGGACGCGGGGCAAAGUAACGGCUGGAAGAAGAACGGACACUACAAGGGAAAUAGAAAAGUUAAGACGUAGUCUACGCUAUGUCAGUGUUUCUAUGUAUGUAUAAGCAGCGAGCAAGUGUUCAUAGAUGUGAGGAGCUAAAUUCUUAAACUCAUUGAAGUCCAAUCAAGGCUGUGGAAAAAAUUGCAAUAAGAUCGCGUUUUGGUCGCAAUUUCCAGGAAAAAUAUUUUAAUCUUAACAAAAAGAACAGAUGCUAAUAGAUGUUGCUUUCAAAAUACAGCAGGCAUCGCCUUAUAAUUUUUUUAAUGCUUAUGGACUGUAUUAAGAAGUUUAUUUUGGUAUGAAGUAUAAUACAUAUUUAUAUUUUGUUUCAUAUAAGCAUAUAUAUACUAUAUAAGUAAGUUUCACUGUACUUAAGUUUAAUGUUUGUAGAUCAAAGUGAAGACGAUGAAUUAAUGCAAAAUAAUAUUAGUGAAUAUACGCGAGGUUCUUAAAUUGUUGAUAUCUCAGAUGCUUAUUGACGCUUUCUUUUUCCACGCAUCUGGGACAUGGCUGGUCUGAAGCCUAAAAAUAUUGUUGCUUAAAUUUUCUAUAAGAUCCGUUGACAGCAUGGGUACGGAUAUGUGUGGCCGAAUAAACAGUCGGAAUAAAAAUACAACAGUGUAGUAACAACAUUUUUUUAGUGAUGCGCAUACAAACCGACAGAAAUUCUACCUAGACAUUACCAUUUUGGUUUUUGUUGUCGUUUAAUUACUUCCAUGCAUGUUUUUCAUAAAUAUUAUAUUUACAGUACAGACCAGGCACAGUUUAGUCAUAGGUAUAUACGAAGAAGAAAACUAGACUUAGCAAGAAAACUAGUGACAAGUUAAAGUUAGUUUCAAUUCUAAAAUUAAACAGAAUUGUAAUUAGAUAAAUAAGCCAUAUUAAUUCCGUUACGGCUGAUAUUUUUUAAGUGAUUCAUGUCAAGCGAACAUAUUGAUAGUACAAUUGGAGAAAAUCCAUUCAUACGUGCCUAUUGGUGUUUACGUUUCCUGUACUGACCCUAUUCGUAUACGUCAACUUAAGGUGAAGUGCAGCUUCAGCCUCGCCACACACACGGCGUUUAUAUUGUAUGCAGUUAUAUGCAACCAUGCGCACUCACUCGCGCCGCAGUACUACCUUGACAAAAACGAUCACUGUGAAGACUGCGGUGCGUGUAG